UAAUCUCCGCCACUUCCCCUUACCUUAACAUAACACGUAUAAAGAAACGAGGGAAAAACAAUUAUCUAAAUGGCGGCAUCCAUUCAUUUAGAAAUAAGACGGUGUACUUCGUCACGUCGCGAAGUUCUGUGGAAAAUAAGAUGAGAUUUUUACUUAGCAAAUAAAAGACUACGCCAAUCACACGUGAUUAAUGAAAGACCAAUCGCGCCACAGGAAAUGGUUUUCCAUACAACUAGGAAUCAACGAAAAAUAACUUCGGAAAAAAUAAAACAUUAAUUCUCUUGACUCUUUAUUGUAUUCCCCGUAUUUUUACACAAAUCAAUCAAAGAUUUAACAUUUUUGUAAAUAGCUAUAUUUCUUAAUAUUUUCCGGGUUCCAUGAGUCUACUGAUUAAUAUAGAUUUUCAGCAAAUCUAAUUGCGAUGAACAAUGAAAAAGAAUCUCUGACUUAAACCGGAACGCGUGAAUUUCUUUUUACGUCAUGAAACUCUUGCAAACAAACUUCUUCAAAAUAAUUGUGAUGAAUUUUCCUCCUGUUUGACUAAAUGCUAAGGAGAUUUACCCAUACUUCACAACCCCUUAUGCGCGACUUCUAUGCCUGAGCCUUCGUGUCACGCUGUUAAUUAACUUUAACAAUUUUCUCAUCUUUAUCUUACUGCAAAUGUUCCUUAUUAUGACAAUGAAUCUUCUAAACCAUCUUUCAUUCCGUUCUUUUCUACAAAAUAUUCAUUUUCAUGAUAUCAAAUCUUAAACUUUUGACUUUUUUCAUUUGAACCACAGUCACCGUAUUCCAAUGGAAACUGAGACUUAGACGAUUUUUUUGCUGUCUUUGGAGAAAGUGAUGUUCUGGUAAUGAGAAAGUGAGUCAUCAAAACAGAGUACUCAAAAAUGAAGAAUUCUUGUCAAGAAACUAGAAAUGGAUAGGAAACAGAACGUUAUUUCAAUCUAGUCACAUUAUGAAGUACGAGGUCGGCCAAGAAAAUUUUACUGAAUUGUACACUCUCCAUAAAGAGGUCAGUGCUUCCGAGACCCCUAUGUGUGAGACGGCUCGUACCACAGAAACUGUUGUGAUGGGCUACCUAGCUAUAGUCAUCGUUAUACUGGGGAUGAUUGGAAACAGUCUCUCUAUCGUGGUGCUAACGAGAAAAGCGAUGCAUACUUCCACUAACUGUUACUUGUUGGCACUAGCUAUCUGGGAUACCGUGGUUAUAUUCUGUACCCUACUUCUGAUGAGUAUCCCCUCCCUGUCUUCCGAAUUCAAGAGUCAGGUGAUGCCGUACGUGGUGGUACUAGUGUACCCUCUUGCUCUGACCGCCCAAAUGUCCACUCUAUGGCUAACUGUGUCCUUCACAGUGGAACGGUACAUCGCUGUCUGUCAUCCACUUCGAGCUGCCCGGAUGUGCACAGUAGCGCGAGCACGUGUUGUCAUAGUGAUAGUAUCGGCAGUUUCCGUUCUGUUCAAUACGAGUCGUUGGUUUGAAUACCGUUUGAAAUUCCACGAUCCCGGGCAGUUUUAUAACCGGUCGGCAAUAUCUUACGAACCGACCGAUUUAGUGAAUAACGACGAUUACAAACAAGUUUACUUCUUUUGGCUUUACCUUCUAGUUAUGUUUAUAGUCCCUCUAAUAUCUCUCUCGGUACUCAACACAUUUCUGAUUCUUGCCGUCCGUCAGUCUCGGAUCCAGCGAAAAGACAUGAAUGUCCGACAGUCACGUGAGAAUAACGUGACCAUUAUGCUGGUCUCCAUCAUCAUUGUGUUUAUCAUCUGCCAGAUUCCAGCUCUGAUCUACAAUUUAGCUUGGGCCAUCGACAUACAAACUGUAAAAAUAUCAUGUGGAUGGAACGUUCUUUCUACUUUUCGUAACUUCAUGGUAACUCUAAAUAGCUGUGUUAACUUCAUACUUUAUUGUGCAUUAGGACAGCGAUUCCGACACACGUUCAUCCGGUCAUUCUGUCGUUGUUUGAUACUGACAGAAAAUGGUAAUUCCUUUAGAUAUGUUAACUCUGCUAUGAUGGCGUCAUCCUCAAUGAACACGUAUGCCAAAUACCGGUUAGUUCGAGCCAAGCAGGGUCUGUUAACAUUCCGUAUGAACGAUUUGUCGCCCCCUACCGGUAUUCAUAGGAGACCAACGCUACAGACGUCAAUGCAGCCCUCCAAAAACAACAUGAAAGUGUCGCUGAUGGACGGAGGAGCGGGAACAAAGCACUCUCAGGGCAGUACCUCCGACACUACCCACGGGACUUCCUCCUCCAAAGACUCCCUGAACAAUGAAAUGUCCGACAUGCACACAGACGCCACAAAGACGGCGCAGCCUUUGAAUCUCCUUUAAACACCAAGUGUUUGGUAUUACAGACUUGUAAUGUUUUUAAUAUACUUCAUGACUUGCUAAUUAAAGGGAAAAAACAACAAAAAAAUGAUCAAAGGAGAAACAUUCUAAUUACAUUCCAUCCAACUGGAUACUAGUAUACUCAUCAACAAAAACAAAGAAUGAUACAAAGCUUAAAUGCAACAUGCAACAAAAAAAGAAAGAAAAGCAAAUUUUAUACUGAGCAUAC